AUGUAUGUGUCACAGGAUCGACCCGACAUCGCCUUCACGGUGAGGGUCCUGUCUCAGAAGCUCCGAGAGCCGACAGUGCAAAUUUGGAGUUCGGGUCAAAGGUUGGCAUCGUACCUAGCGUGCACCACAGGUUACGCGAGCAAGGUGCAUGCCCGAGGUGACAAGCUUAGCAUUCUUGAGCCUUCCGAUCCUGAGGGAUUGCGGCAUGAAGUGAUGUUGGAAGUUGUCUGUGAUGCCGACUGGAGCGGCAACAAGCAGAAUCGACGUUCAAUGAGCAGCAGCUCAUUCUUCCUGAACAGUUGCUGCAUUUACACUUCUUGCAAAAGCCAGCGUUGCGUGAGCCUCAGCAGCACCGAGAGUGAGUUCUAUGCCUUGGUUUCAGCGUCGUGCGAUGGGAUCUACUUGAAAAGAGUUCUUGAAUAUCUGCUUGAACAACCUAUAGACCUUUGGAUGCGCACCGACAACCAGAGCUGUCGUCAGAUCUCCUUGAAACAGGGUGUAUCGAAGAUCAGGCAUCUUGAUGGAAGAUUCCUCUGGGUGCAGGAAAAGACGGCGGAUGGAACACUGAAAGUUGGCUCAGUCGACGGGCGGCGGAAUCCUUCGGACCUGGGGACCAAGGUCCCGGCAACUGGGAGUCGCUUGAGAGCACUGCUUUGCAUGCACGACUUUGUCGACUGCGCCGGUGACUGCAUCCAGGAAGUAGGGCGUGCCGAUCAUGAUCAACUGAUCGAGUCACUGCAGCACGACAAGGACACAGCCCGUGUCCGGCGACUGAUCAACAAGUCGCUGAAAACCAAUGGUUUGAGCAACAGCAAUCUUGUCCUGAUAAUGGUGAGCUUGAUUGCAGGUGCAGAUGCAAGUGGCACAAGGCGUGAUGUGAGUGUUCAGACAGAACCAGAGGCAAGGUGGAUCAGCGUUUGGUUGACCGGUUUGGUCAUCCUCGUGUCACUGCUGGGUGUCAUGCUGAGCCUUGAGCGGCUGCGGGCCGAUCGCAGCAGAGACGAUGCAAGCGCGUCUAGGACCACCAGUGCCGAGCCCGACAUGCCUGUGCCGAUGCAUGGGCGUUGGAGUGUCAUCGCCGCAACCCUGUGCGGUGUGCCUUCGCUUGUAUGCAUGAUGCUUCUGAUGCAGCUACGCAAGGUAAGAUUCUUGCUGGUGGCAGAGAGGCAUGAGACAGAUCGCUUGCAAGGCGUCAUCAAUGAAAUGGACUAUGAUCGCAUGAUGUGGUCAGAGUAUCAUGGAAGAGAGAGUGCAUCGUCGUCAUCGUCCAGGCCCAAGCCAACAGUGACCAGAUCCGCAGCAGCUGAGUCCGUGCCAGCAACGCCAGCAGUCGUGACGAGGCCGGAGUUGCAUGUCUAUUGCACUGCAAGGCGUGGGAAAGCGUACCACGCAAAGCGAGCAUGCACUUGCUUGAACAAUGCUGAUGAGAUCCUGCGACUAGGCUUGGCAGAGAAGCUCACGAGCGGUUCAAGCUUCACAGAAGCCAUGUCGGGUCAGGGAGACCAGCUGGACAAAAUGUCUGCUUUGCUGGCGGAAGUGGCCGCUCAGCUAGAACAAGUGAAGCUGCAGGGUGCACGUCGCGAAGAGCAGCACCAAGACCUCACAGAGCGCAUGGCACAGUUGGAAGCACGCAUGGAUGCUCCAGAGUCUUCGGCUGCUGUGCUCAUUCCGACUCAGCUGCAGCCACAGUCCUUCACAGUUCCGGUAGCACAGGGGUUAGACCUCAACGCCCCGGCCACGAUCGGACAGUGCAUGGAACUGGUGCAAAUGGCGAUGCAGCAGAAAGUCGCUCCAGCCCUCGGCGCCGUCUACUCCUCUCUGUCCACCUCACAGGUUCGGACAAACGAGAGGGUUGGAAACCUGGAACAGCAGGUGAGGGCCCUCCGUAUCCGAACGGCAUGGGCAGAGAAGGACAUGCUCUUCGCCCAGAUAGAGCAGGCGAAGCGUACCAUCGUAUGCCGCAAUUUUCCCACAUGGCAGACGGAGGCGGACCGUCGCCUCACAGUCGAAAAGGCCCUUGCGAAAGCUGGGCUGUGGAAUAUUGACGGCAUGUGGGAUCUCACUACCACUCGCCUGGACACUGGCAAGCCGGGUCAGCCGGAGCUUUCGGCCAUUUCCAUCCUCACAGUCCCUUCCCUCACCAUUCGAAAGAGGAUUCUGGAGGAGAAGAAAGCCACCGCCGAUGAGCCCAAGGAUUCCGAUGAGGCCAAGGCCAGCACAGAAGGGACGGCGGAGCCGGACACGGCGGACCCCUCAGAGGCAGCCGAGCCGAAAGAGCCGGCUAAGUCCUACGAGUACAAGGGAGGCGGUCCCGUGAAGCUUUCUCCUGGAGUCACACAGUUUGAACGCCGGCUUGCUUCGCCGCUCCAGGGACUCAUGAACGCUUACAGGUCCGCCUUCAGCAAGUUCACCAAGGAGCCAUUGGUGCCGAGGUGGAAGACCCUGGCACUGGUCGACUCCAAAGAAGCUUGGCUGGGCCGCAUCGUGUACCGCCGCGGGGUUCCCUCACAGACCACCUCCACAGGGACCCUCACAGACUGGGAGUGUGAAAUUCACAUCCCGGAAGAGCACUCCGCGAGGCUUUUGGAGUCGUGGCGUAGCAUCUGGUACGACCAGUUGCGACAGCAGGUCAACCAGACCACGGUCGAACAGGAAGCCUUCGACAGCGCCGCUCGCCUCACAGCCGCCGAGGCGAAGCGACUCAGCCGGUUCCUGACCAAGGCCAUUCCGGAGUACAACGAGGGCGAAGAUGAAGGGCUGGAUCACUGGAUCGCCCGGUUCCGGUAUGAGUUCCCUUGGCCGGUGAAGUUUGUCUACAUCCCCAAGGACUCUGAGGAGAGGACCCACUUCACAGGACUUAGGUCCACAGAGGAGCUCAUCGAGGCGAUGGCGGCCGACGAGAAGGAGGCAUCCUUCACAGUCGGGACGGAGAGCGGCGGAGUGGGGGACAUGAUCGAUUCGGUCACCCACGUGAAGAGAACUCACAGCGAUGCCGCCUCCGCCAUCAGUGGCAUCAGCUCGGCGAGCAUCCCCAGCUCUGGUCUUGCACCGCCGGUGGCCUCCAAGGCAAGGGCGAGCUUCCACCCCUUUGCCUCACAGGCCGAGCUCGAGAAAGCGGUCGAAGAAGCAAAGAUCGCUCACAUCAACUGCGGCGGGGUCCCCACGGACUAUCCACAGGAGGCCUGGGAGGCUUGGUGCAUCAAGCGCCGUGCUUCCAGCUCGCAGUGA